GCCGAGGGUACGACAGCCGCCUCGCCUCGCCAUCGCAGGGUACCGCUCCUUCCAUCGUUUUUCGUAUGUUGCCAAGAGGGUAGCAGAGACGUCGCGUGGCUGCAGUGACACAGGAUGGACGUAUCCUCGCAGGUGGCGGAUGUGGCGGGGCAGCUGGCCCAGGCCGUCAACACCACCAUGGACCCGACAGUCCCGCACGCCGUCAGAUUGGCCUCUUACAACCUCUUAGAGAAGGUCAAAGAGGAGAGUGAGGUGGCCGUCGGUUGCGGAUUCCACAUGGCCCACCCUUCCAAGGAGCCGGUUGUGCGCCACCUGGGCCUCCAGUUACUCGAACACACCAUCAAGUACAAGUGGGUUGAAUAUAGCCUACAGUUUUGUAUAUUCAUUUUAAUUGAAUUUUUUUUUUUGUUGCAGGAAAAUACAAUGCAACUUGUCACUGAUGGAACCCUUGACCUUCUGACAGAGCAGUUAUAUGUUAAAGAUAAAGUGUCCAGACUUGUGGUGGAGAUGAUGAAGCGUGAGUGGCCGCAGCAAUGGCCGGGGCUGCUUGAAGAACUCCACGCACUUUCCAAGAGAGGGCCAACGCAGACAGAGCUGGUCCUCUUUGUGUUCCUGAGGAUUGCGGAGGAUGUGGCAACGUUGCAGAAUUUGGAGUCGAACCAGAGGAGGAGAGACCUCUACCAGGCGAUGACAGCCAAUAUGGAGAGCAUGUUUGGCUUUUUCUUGUCUCUGCUUGAAGAGAAUUACAAGCUGUACGAAGCCACCAUGAAAGCGCAGAACCUCCAGCCAGCACAGCAACACUGCAGGGUCAUGCAGGUAGUUCUGAUGACUCUGACAGUGUAUGUGGAGUGGGUUUCAGUGCAACACAUCUUCGCAGAUGAUGGGAAACUCCUGAAGUCACUCUGCUUCUUGCUGAGUGAAGACAAUCUCAAGAUGGAGGCGGCAGAAUGCCUGCUGCAAAUUGUGAGUCGGAAAGGAAAACUGGAUGAGCGAAGACCCCUCAUUCUCCUGUUUGGCAAGGCCCCAAUGUCAACCAUAUUUGCAGCAGCAGACAGAGCAGUGAUGGGGACCCUGAGUGAACACAAUUACCGGUUCCUCAAAACUCUAACUCAGGUGCUCACAGCCCUAGGGUCCCAACUCUGUGCGUUGUGGGGUAAGGAAGCCGACGUUGGUGAACCCCCAAACUUCCGGGUGUACCUUGACGCGAUGCUGGCCUUCACAGGACACCCAAGCCUCCACAUUUACAACUUCACCAAUGGGCUCUGGGGGCAGCUCUUCCGACACGAGCACAUACCUCAGAGCAAAACCCUCCAGGCUGUAUUGCCGUCAUGGAUCACCAUCGUCUCGCGAAUGGUCAUGAAGCAUGGCUAUCCUUCGAAGAAUGACUCGGAGAGCUGUCAGUAUUCAAGGCUGGAUUUUGACAGUGAUGAGGACUACUCGUAUUUCUUCUAUAAGGUGCGCUCGGAGACCCUGGAGACGAUCAAGGCGGCUUCCCUCCUGGCUCCCGAGACCCUGUACAGCUUCGUGGAGGAGUGGCUCAAGAACCAGGUGAAGAAAGCAGCUGAUCUGGGCCAGCAGGAGAAACAGCUGUGCAACCUCUUCUCUCCUUUCUACCUCGAGUGGGAAGCGUUGUCUCAGGUGUUGGAGAGUGUGAUGAGUAGAGUGAUGCAGAGUGAAGGUUACAAACCCACAGCAGAGAGUGGCUUGGAGCUACUUCGUCUGUGCCUCUCGUACCAGACCACAGACCCACUUAUUCUGUCCACACUACUCUCCUGCAUCUCCGGUCUCUUUGUCUUCAUCCGGCUGGUGCCAAGUGUGCUGCCUGAUGUGCUCAACAAAAUCUUCUCAGCCCUGACUUUCUCUUUGCCCGGUCAGACGAAAGAUUCCCGGAGUAGGGCGGUCAAGAACGUAAGGCGGCACGGGUGCUCGCUUAUGGUGAAGAUCGCACGUAGCUACCCAGAUAUCUUGCUUGAGGCCUUUGACUUUAUCAAUGGUGUGGUAGACAGCCUGAGCCACAACCCACAGGAGCUAUCCCAGAUGGAGAAGGUGACCCUCCAAGAGGCCCUCAUGAUCAUCAACAACCACUUCCACAACUUCGAGAAACAGAGCACUUUCAUUGGCAAGGUGUUAGGUCCUGUGUCUGAGAUUUGGCUUAACAUGAAGCAGCCUUUUAGCUCCCCCUUGGAUUUCAUGUCUUUUGUGGGACUGGACAAGGCACCUGUAGAGCCCAGUGAGAAUGAUGUCAAUGGGCAGAACAGAGCGCAGAUUAUCUUUUGCGUCAACCUGAUCAUGGCUGUGAUAAAGCGUUCAGAGUUCCCCACUGACACUGAUGUGGCAGAACGUGGUGGUUUUAUCCUUGAACGCUCUGAUUCUGGGGCUGUUUUCUGCCGCAAUCCUGCUACCCCACACGUCAUGCCCUUAUUGCACCAGCUGUUCUGUUUGGUGAGGCUUUUUAAUGCACUCUGGCAUCCCGAGGCCUUGGCCUGUGUCUCACCAGGCUAUUCCAAAGCCCAUAACCUUCCUGAGGCAGAGAGGAAUAAUAUCUUAGGAUUAGCAACUAUUAACUCAUCGGAUCCAUGUAUAGAUUCUCCCAAGGUCCAGCAACCCCUGGAACGGAUGCAGUUCUUCCUGUCGAUGAUGCACGACAACUGUUACCACAUCCUUGGCAACGCAGGAGUGUCUCUCGGUCUCCAGUUCUACCAGCAUCCACACCUUACAGACUACCUGGUGCACUCUUCCCUGGCCAACUUGCACCUCGUACCAGAUUAUCGUCUCCGCCCAAUUAUUCGCACAUUCCUAAAGCCUUUCAUCCAGUGGUGUCCACCCCAGUGCUACCAGACAGUGCUCUUGCCGAUCCUCAACCACUUAUGUCCAUUCAUGUUGGAUCGGCUAAGUACCAGAUGGGGUCACCUCACUAGCCUAAUAGAAAGCGGGUCUUAUGAGGAGGAAAACACCGACACUCAGGAAAUGCUUGAGGACCUUUUAAUUCGAAUGUUGACACGAGAAUAUGUUGAUCUUUUAAAAGUAGUGCUGAUUGGAGGUCCCCGUGGAGGUUGGCAGGACAACAUGGAAGGAGCGAUGGAGGCCGAGAUGGACGUCCCCGUCUCGCCAGCUUGCAAUAGCCAGGAGACCCUGUCUGACUUGGGCCAGCUUGUCCUUGGCUGCGACACCAUCUGCCAGGCCAUUGUCACGACGCUGUUGAAAGUGCUGUGGUGGCAGGACAGCGGCGCUUGCCUGAAGGCGGUGGGGGUGGUCGGGCAGGUGCUGAGAUGGCUGGUGGGCGAGGGGCAGCACCUGAGCCCGGACGCCGUGAGACAGGUGCUGCUGGCCGUCCUUCAGGGGCUGCACACGCACGGCCAGCACGACGCCAACCAGAGCGCCCUCCUCUCCCUGGGUCUGGCCACCUACGAGAUGUUCAGGCCGCACUUCCCCAACAUACGGGAGGUUCUGCUAGGCUUACCGGGCGUGUCGGCGGAGGACGUGCAGCGGUUCGAGGAGAAGAUCCUGAACUCGAAUGCGGCUGCCAAGAACAGCAAGACCGAGAAGAUCAAGAAGGACAAUUUCAAAAAACUGGUCAUUGAGAUCGUGGGGCGCAACGUGGGCCAGGCGUUCAAGAAGGAGGUGCACAUGAACAACCUGCCGCCCAUGUUCAAGAACCCGCGCCCCAAGCAGCCUCGCGUGGACGACACCGACGCCGACAUCGGCCUGUGCUCGCUCUUUGGCCCCGACCUGGCCGAGUCCAAUGGCCACCAGGCGAUGGCCUCGUCGUUCUAGUUACCGUCGGGAGAUUGAACGCGCGAACCACCUCGUGAACCGCGGGAAACAGGAACCGUGGAACCGUGGAAACCAGUGAAUGUGAAAAAAAAUGGAACCGUAAAAUAAACUCUGCAAUGGGUCGUUAGGAAGUUGGGGAGGUGGGACAUUAUUUUUAAAUUAAUUAAUUAUAUAUAUAUUUUUUUUGUUACAAGAGGAGGAGGUUCUUGCAACGCGAAGAGGAGGAGACCCAGGAGUGCAAAGGGCUCCUGGGUUUCAGUUUCGUUGUGCGAAUUAGCAGGGGGUACUUCCUGGACGCUCGAUGUGAAUGUGUGUCAUCAGCUUCUGUGAUCAUUAAUCCUAGAUUUGCUAGUCUUGCCUUACGAUGCUUUACAUAAUGAAUUUCGAAGUGGCUGACAAGAACAGACAAGUGGUUAUCAGUUCCUGAUUGAAAUGUAUAUAGUUUUCAACCGCCAAGAGAUAGACCUCGGUUUCUCAAAAUUUUGUUACAACCCUUACACAAAAGACGCCACAAUAGUUAUCUGUGUUGAUUAGAUAUCAGUGUGAACUUUUGGGCAAAGUUGCUACUAAUCUGCAUGGAGGUCUUUGGGUAUCAUGAAUCGUACCCAAGAUUCCAACGGGUGAACUGGCCUGCUCUCUAGGAAGUGCAUUUAGAGUACUUUUUGGCUGAAAUGGACACCUUUGUAUUUUCGAGUGAGGGCAGCGGAAGAUUACACACAACCAAAGACGGGGAUUUCUUGAUAUACUGAGAAUCUAGCAGUUUAUUCCUUGGUAUACUAGAAGAGAUCUGAUGGUAUCUAUGCAAAUGUGAUGGAGCAUAUGUCGGCAUCGGUAUAAUCGCGUGUUGUUUGAAAAGAGUUGAAGUAUCGGGUGAUCCAAAGGAAAAUUGUCAUUUCAAAGAGCAGUUGGACUUUCUCCGAGAGUAGCAGGUUUGGCUGAUAUGGUUAGGUGGAAGAGGCCAUUUGAAGAAGCCCCUAAACCUGAUAAGAUAAUAUUGAAACAGUGAGUUCCUGGAUUAUUUGCCGGUACAAAGAAUAGGACGUUGUACCAGUUUACAGUGGUCCAUGUGGAACAUUACAAGCAUCACUUUUUGUUCAGCAUAUUCAGCUAAGGAUUUUUUUUGUGACACUUGUAGUGUAGUUGUGUACAUAAACUUUUUUGGUAUUUUUUUCAUUCCAAUUUUUUUUACCCUAAACAUAUUUUGCAUCUCGUUUUUUUUUUUAAUUAAUAGAGUGACGUCAUAUGAUCUGGUAAUGUUAACCAGGAAGUCCACCAAGCUUGUCACACCCUCAACCAGUGCUGUUGUUUUCCAAAGAUCUUUUUUUUUUUUUGUCAACUUCGCAGACUGUGAUAUAUAUUCAGAGACAACCAUCAUUCGUGGCUGUGCUUUUUGAACUGCCCAUUCAGGAAAAACUAAGAAAAAGAAAAAGAAAAAAACAAAAAAACAGCUUCCAACAUCCCUUUCUUCCCUUCCCCCCAUUUCCCGUACGAUUUUUUUUUUCAAGUAUCAUAACAUUUUCUUUUUCUUAGAGAGGGUUAUUUCGGUCUGGAGAUGGUUUGUCUGAUUCUCUUUUUAAGAAAGUGAGGACGUGAUGGAAGGGGUUUUGGGGGGGGGGCAGUGUGGUUAGGAAGAAAUGCAAGUUGAAUAACAUUAAAUCACUAAAGAAAAAAGAAAGAGCAAAUAAAGAGAUUGAAAAGCAAUUAUCAUCGAAUAGUUAUAUAUAUAUAUAUAUAUAUAUAUAUAUAUAUAUAUAUAUAUAUAUAUAUAUAUAUAUAUAUAUAUACAUACGCACAUUUAUUAGAAGACAAAUUUGAUUAUAUUAAGAUAGGUUUCAUGGAUGUUAAGCUCCCGUUCUCGCGCAGAAGGCAGUCCUCCUCCUCCCCAGCAGAGAACCCAAAGAGCGGUCGACUGUGAUAUCUUCCUAGUACAAAAAAAGGGGCAGAGAAGCCUGUGAAAAAUGAACUCCUUUGAGACAACUUUAUUUUUGUGAUGAUGAUUGCGAAGAAUUCUUUUGUCUACUUUUUUUUUUUUUUUUUUAAGUUAUGUGAAAAUAUAAUGGAUGGGGGAAAAAAUUGAUUAACGUAAUGAUAAUAACAAUAAUAAUGACAAUGAUAAUAGGAAAGAUUACGAUAAUAAUAAUAAUAAAAAAGUGACGAGUUAAUAACGAGUUUUAUGUUAUCGACUCAAGAAUAAAAGGUGUCUGUACUUUGAUUGUCAGGAAUUAAAAUGUUACUGAAAGAA